GUCUGUGUGCGCGCGCGCGCGCGCGCGCGAGAGGAGGAUCGCGCCGUUCAGCCAGCAUGUCUCGCGCCGCGCUCGCGGACCCGCUUCUUCGCGCUCUCGUCGACGGUCGAGCCCGCUAAAAGACAGACGCGCGCGCCGUUCGAGAUGGACGAGUCUUCCCUGCUGGACCUGCUGGAGUGCUCCGUCUGUCUGGAGCGCCUGGACACCACCGCCAAAGUGCUGCCGUGCCAGCACACCUUCUGCCGCCGCUGCCUGGAGAACAUCGUCAGCUCGAGGCACGAGCUGCGCUGCCCGGAGUGCCGCAUCCUCGUGGACUGCGGCGUGGACGACCUGCCCGCCAACAUCCUGCUCGUGCGCCUGCUGGACGGCAUCCGCCAGCGUCCGCAGCGGGGCGGCGGCAGGCCGGGGAUGGGGCUCGGAGGGGCGGCCGGGAUGGCGGCGUCUCCCCCGGGCACAGCUCUGAGGGACUCGCCCAGCGCCACGCGGAGCUCUCCGGUCAAGAACGUUCCUCAGCUUCCAUGUGGGAAGGCCCUCUACAGCUAUGAGGGGAAGGAGCCGGGUGACCUCAAGUUCAACAAGGGCGACAUUAUCAUCCUGCGCCGGAAGGUGGAUGAGAACUGGUACCACGGGGAGCUAAACGGGAGCCACGGUUUCCUCCCGGCCAGCUACAUCCAGUGCAUCAAACCCCUGUCUCAGACACCCCCGCAGGGCAAAGCGCUGUACGACUUCGAGGUCAAGGACAAGGACCAGGACAAAGACUGCCUCACCUUCACCAAGGAUGAGAUCCUUACGGUGAUCCGCAGAGUGGACGAGAACUGGGCAGAAGGCAUGCUGGGAGAUAAGAUUGGGAUUUUUCCCAUCCUCUACGUGGAGCUAAAUGAAACGGCAAAGCAGCUGAUGGAGAUGGACAAACCGGUGGCCGUUCCUGGGCCCAGCGCUGACCCUGGCUCUCCGCCGUCCAGCUCCAGCUGUAACGGUAACGGACAGGUGAGCGCCGCGAUCCAGCGUCGACUGGACGGGAAGAAGAACGCUAAGAAACGUCACUCGUUUACAGCGCUAAGCAUGACGCAGCGCACGGCUCAGGCACUAGGCAACAACCGGCACUCCAUGGAGAUCAGCGCUCCUGUCCUCAUCAGCUCAUCCGACCCCAGAGCCGCCGCACGCAUCGGGGACUGUCCGCACCUGUCCUCCAGCGCCCCCACAUCACAGGACUCCUCGUUUGCCGGGACGUCCAGUGCGGGAGCAGCCGUUAGUCCGCGGGUCGCCACGGCAACCGAAGAGCUGUUGGCUGCCGCGAAGGUCCAGCUGCCUCUGAAUAUUUACCUGGCGCUUUACGCCUAUAAGCCUCAGAAGGCGGACGAGCUGGAGCUGAGGAAGGGUGAGAUGUACCGUGUGAUGGAGAAGUGCCAGGACGGCUGGUUUAAAGGAACGUCCCUGCGCAGCGGCGCCUCUGGAGUUUUUCCUGGGAACUACGUCACCCCCGUGUCCAGGGCUCCGUUUGCAGUGGGACAGUCUCGUGCCUGUUUGCCCGGAGUGUCUCCGGCGGUUAAGCCUGUUCCUGGCUCUCCCAGCUCUCCGGGACCCUCCAGCCCUGUCAUGCUCAGCUCCGCCUCCCGCUCCGCCACGCCGCUGGCCAACCCUUCAUCGUCCUCAUCCUCAUCCUCUCCGCACCUGAAGAACUGCCUGCGUAUGUGCGGCCAGCAGCCGGCCAGCCAGGUCCGGCCACCAGCACAGCUGGUCCACAGUCCUCCAGCAGGUGGCAGUCCAGAGCGCCCCACUGUGUCUGUUUCCCCGCUGAGGCCGCAGGGUUCCCCAUCUCGCUCCCCUGGCCCCUCCCCCGGCCGGCCUCUCUCCAUGGUGGUUCCACCCCAGUCUCACUCCGGCAUGCCCUCCAUCAUCUCGUCAACGCCCCGCCCCCUCAUCCCCCUCAACUCUGCCGCCGCCGCCAUCACGCCCCCCAAUGUCACCGCCGCCCUGCUGAACGGGGGCGAGGGUGUGGUCAUCCCGCUGCAGCCCGCGUCCCCCGCACACGCCCACUCUCACGCACACGCCCAGCCACAGGGGGCCACCGCUCUGCCCAAACUGGAGGAGAAGAAAGCAGAGAAGAAAGAAAAGAAGAGCAGUGGCCUCCUGAAGCUUCUCUCGGGCGCGGCAGCUAAGAAGAAGUCUCGCUCUCCGCCGUCCGUUUCGCCGACGCAUGAGCCCCGUUCCCCGGCGCCUGACCCCUCCUCCUCUUCGUCCAUGCAGGGCGCCAUGGCGUCCGAGCUACAGCCGGCGGGUCACGGCCGGGCGGGGUCCUGCCCCAUCGAGAGCGAGAUGCAGGGAGCCAUGGGCAUGGAGCCACUCCACAGGAAGUCCGGCUCGCUGGACCUGAACUUCGUCUCUCCGCCAGUCAGACAGCCCUGCUCGUCCUCCCUGCUGGCCAUCCGACCCGAACCCAAACCCCUGUCCCGCGAGAGGUACCGUGUGGUGGUGCCUUAUCCGCCGCAGAGUGAGGCCGAAAUCGAGCUGAAAGAGGGCGACAUCGUCUUCGUGCACAAGAAGCGGGAGGAUGGCUGGUACAAAGGCACUCUGCAGCGCACUGGCCGCACGGGGCUGUUCCCUGGCAGCUUCGUUGAGAGUUUCUGAGGUAAAAGAGAGGAAUCCCAUCACCAACAAGCAGCUAUGUCUAACCUCCGGGGAUAUCUCGGAACCUUCUGAGGAAAGAACUGAGCGGCAGCUGAGCCAAAAACGUUCAGCACUCAAGAAACAUUUGUGAAAAAGGUUUACAGAGAUCCGCCCAUGCAGAGAAGCGGCCGUCAUCAUCCUUUGUCCACUAGAGGCAGGGUUACCUCAAGUUAAACCCCACGGCACAAUUCCCUAACGAGCACAACAAGAAAUGGGCAAAAUUGCUGACCGAUUGAGAUAAACCGCCACCCCCUAACGCCCCUUUUAUACAAACAAAGCCAUUAUUGGUCCAGCUCUGACACGCAACGCACACUCACGACUCCUUUUGACCGACACCUUUUAUCCCAUGACCACUUCUGCGCCUCUUUGUGGGCUCAGUCUCAGAUGUCAUGCUAAUGUGAAGUGAAACAGUGUCUCUUCAUCUCUGUCGUGAUGUGAAGCGGCCAUGCGUUCCAGUGUUUACUGUGUUGCCAUUUGCUCUAAAGCCAUGAUGGACGCUUCCUCUUAGUUCAAGUGAGUUUGCACCAUCUCAAAACUUUUUUUAUUAAUGUUUUAUCAGUUACUAUAAAAAAAUACCCUAAAAGUUACAAAUCUGUGUAAAAGUCAGAGACCACACUGUAAAAGACACUGUAUUGGGAUCGUGUGAAGCAGAAAGUGCUAAAUUUACUUCUAAGACUGAACUUCCAAGGUGUGGGAAAAGGCCCAAUCCCAUUUCACCCCUCGCCCCCACCACUCAGCCCUACCCCUCUGUUUUUACGGGUUCACGUCUAGGUGUAAUCAUCCUGGUUCUUGUUGAGAUGGAGGGGUAGGGCCAAGUGUUAGGGUAACAGGAACCCUCCAAACUGAGGUUUCUCAGAGACUCCAAACAGAGUAUUGUGAGAAAAACAGAAAACGGCAAGAUGGAGCACAAGAGACCAAAGAAACCCACAAAUGUGAGAAUUUUCUCUUAAAAAAUUAUGCUAAACAUUGUAUCGUCUUAGUUUGAUGCCGUUUCAAUGUUUUAUGGUCAUUUUCUUCAUAACAAGCAUAAAAAUCACUUGUAGUUUGCUGAUGUCUCAGUAGUUAGUUAACUUUCCCGUUCCACCUUAAAUGGAGCAGCAGUUACAUUCUGGCACCUCAG